UCGGGCGAUGGCGGCGGUUGGUGUGCCGCGCCCCGGGUGUCCUUGCUCGGGGAGGAGCAGCCGGAUCAGUCCGCGGAGCGGCGGAAGCCAGGACAGUGUUGCUGGGUUCGGUGGUGUGGCACCGGCGCCGGGGCGGUUUGCUAAGGAUAGAAAGAGACUCUUGAAAAUGUUGUCCAGACUCUUUCGAAUGCAUGGGCUUUUUGUGGCCUCCCAUCCAUGGGAAGUCAUUGUGGGGACAGUGACUCUCACUAUCUGUAUGAUGUCCAUGAAGAUGUUCACUGGGAAUGAUAAGAUCUGCGGCUGGAAUUAUGAGUGCCCCAAGCUUGAAGAAGAUGUUCUGAGCAGUGACAUCAUCAUCCUGACAAUCACGCGCUGUAUAGCAAUCCUUUAUAUAUAUUUCCAGUUCCAGAACCUAAGGCAGCUUGGAUCAAAAUAUAUUUUGGGUAUUGCUGGCCUCUUCACAAUAUUCUCAAGUUUUGUUUUUAGUACAGUGGUAAUUCACUUCUUGGAUAAAGAGCUGACAGGUCUGAAUGAAGCUUUACCCUUCUUCCUGCUUCUGAUUGAUCUGUCAAGAGCAAGUGCAUUAGCCAAAUUUGCACUCAGUUCCAACUCACAGGACGAAGUUAGAGAAAAUAUUUCACGUGGAAUGGCAAUUUUAGGCCCUACAUUUACACUGGAUGCACUCGUGGAGUGUCUUGUGAUUGGUGUUGGUACUAUGUCAGGUGUACGACAACUUGAAAUCAUGUGCUGCUUUGGCUGUAUGUCUGUCCUUGCCAACUACUUUGUCUUCAUGACCUUCUUUCCAGCUUGCGUGUCCUUGGUAUUAGAGCUUUCAAGAGAGAGUCGUGAAGGGCGUCCUAUAUGGCAGCUUAGCCAUUUUGCUCGUGUUUUGGAAGAAGAAGAAAAUAAACCAAAUCCUGUAACACAGCGAGUCAAAAUGAUUAUGUCGCUGGGUUUAGUUCUUGUUCAUGCCCACAGUCGUUGGAUAGCAGAACCAGCUGCUCAAAAUAGUACUGUAGAAAAUUCAGUGGAAUUGGAUGAGAAUGCACCAAAGAGAAUUGAACCUAAUGUUUCAUUAUGGCAGUUCUACCUUUCUAGAAUGGCCAGUAUGAAUAUUGAACAAGUAAUAACUCUUGGAUUAGCCCUGCUCCUUGCUGUCAAAUACAUCUUCUUUGAGCAAGCAGAGACUGAAUCCACACUCUCACUGAAGAAUCCCAUAACAUCUCCAGUGAUGGUCCAGAAAAAGGUCCCAGAGAAUUGUUGCAGGAAGCAACAAUCUAGACUUCUGAAAAACAAUCAGAAAUCUAACACAUUAGAAGAAGCUUCAGUUCCCAAAGACGGAAAUGCUGAAGUCAUAAAACCUGUAUUAGCAGAGUCAUCAACCAGGGCUACAUUUGUAGUUGGCAGUUGCAGUCCUGUGGAAACAUAUUCAUGUUGUCAUGGAAAAGAGGAAGAAAUUGAGUUACCAAAAGAACCUCGUUCUAUUGAGGAAUGUGUUAGUAUACUUGGAAAUGCAGAGAAAGGAGCAAAAUUUCUUACUGAUGCUGAGGUCAUCAGUUUAGUUAAUGCUAAGCAUAUUCCUGCAUACAAACUGGAAACCCUGAUGGAAACUCAGGAGCGAGGUGUGUCCAUUCGCAGACAGAUGCUAUCUAAGAAACUCCCUGAACCUUCAUCUUUGCAGUAUCUUCCAUAUAGGAAUUAUAAUUAUUCUUUGGUAAUGGGAGCUUGCUGUGAAAAUGUGAUUGGAUAUAUGCCUAUUCCUGUAGGCGUAGCAGGACCACUGUUUCUGGAUAACAAAGAGUUCCAGGUGCCAAUGGCAACAACAGAAGGUUGUCUUGUAGCAAGCACUAACAGAGGAUGUAGAGCAAUAUGUCUUGGUGGAGGAGCACGUAGCCGCAUUCUGGCGGAUGGGAUGACUCGAGGACCUGUUGUAAGGCUGCCCAGUGCUUGCCAGGCUGCAGAAGUGAAAGUCUGGCUUGAAAGCCCAGAAGGCUUUAAAAUAAUGAAGGAAGCUUUUGACAGCACAAGUAGGUUUGCCCGCCUACAAAAACUUCUCAUCAGUUUGGCUGGUCGUAACCUUUAUAUCCGUUUUCAGUCUGGAACAGGGGAUGCAAUGGGAAUGAAUAUGAUCUCAAAAGGUACUGAAAAAGCGCUGGUAAGGUUGAAUGAAGAGUUUCCUGAUCUCCAAGUUAUAGCUAUUAGUGGUAACUAUUGUACAGACAAAAAACCUGCUGCUAUAAACUGGAUAGAAGGAAGAGGGAAGUCUGUUGUCUGUGAAGCAGUCAUUCCAGCCAAGGUUGUUAGAGAAGUAUUGAAGACAACUACAGAUGAUAUAGUUGAAGUCAAUAUCAACAAGAAUUUGGUGGGUUCUGCAAUGGCUGGUAGCAUAGGUGGCUACAAUGCACAUGCAGCAAACAUUGUGACAGCUAUCUUCAUUGCCUGUGGUCAGGAUGCCGCACAGAAUGUGGGCAGCUCUAAUUGCAUCACUCUGAUGGAGAGAACUGGUUCCACCAAUGAAGACCUUUACAUCAGCUGCACAAUGCCUUCUAUUGAAAUAGGAACUGUUGGUGGAGGCACCAACUUGCUGCCACAACAAGCCUGUUUGCAGAUGUUAGGUGUUCAAGGUGCAAGCCAAGAUAACCCUGGUGAAAAUGCCCGUCAGCUUGCUAAAAUUGUUUGUGCCACAGUGAUGGCAGGGGAGUUAUCACUGAUGGCAGCUCUUGCAGCUGGGCACCUUGUCAGGAGCCACAUGAUUCACAACAGGUCAAAAAUAAAUCUACAAGAUCUUCAAGGAACCUGCACUAAGAAGGCAGCUUGAAUACUAAAAAAGCUUUGAAAUGAAGAGUUGCUCUAGCAACUGACCAGAUGUAUGGGGAUAAAAAACCAACCAAAAUCUGUGAAGUUUAAAAUGCAAAUCACCUUUAACAUAAUAAUGUCUGUGUAAGAUGAAGUGAGAGAUCAACGGAUUUGGGUGACACUACUUAUGCCUUUGACUUUCUUCAGUGGUUAGAGAUGACUUCAUAAGGGAAGUCCUGUCAGAUGUCUUGAGCAUGGCUUUGGAAUUCUUGAUCUUACACAUCAUUUUCUAAAGGGGCAGUCUUAUGUUUUUGCUGGCUGAGAUUAUUUUGAUUUGUAAGCUCCUGGUGACUGCAGAAAAGUGAUAUAAUGUACUUGUACAUUAAAAAAUAUAGUUUGCUCUACACUUGGCUUGGAUGCACAGAUUGUUGCCAUCCUUAUGUUCUGGUUAGAAAAGCAUGGUUUUUAAACUGAUGGCAAGCCUGAUCACUUCCUAUGAAAUCCCAGUUUUGUUCAUGUGUAAAACUUAGGUUUUAGGGUACAAGAAAUUUUUAUUGAAUUGUAGUUUUUAUAGAAACCCCCAUAUCCAUAGUACUGAAUUUGCUGCUGCUUCAGCUAAGCAGCAUUCAAUGUUUCAAAUCCACAGGUUAGGUUAUUACUCUGUGGAAAACUUGUGAUCUAUAAAGUUCUGAACUGUUAAAUAUAAUUGGUACUGAAGCAGGGAAAAACAGUGUAUGCAACUGCUUUGUUAUUUUGUGCAGACAGAAGAAAUAGAUUUUGAAACAGGUAACUCCAGAAACUGUUGGAGCAGAUGCAGUUUCUCAAACUUCUUUGAUAGGUGUGUGUUCAAAUAACAGGAGUCACGAACAGAUGUUUACACUUCUUUUAAAGGAAGUCUCUCAAGGUACAGUGUGUGUAUGUAUGCUCCUAAUUAUUAUUUUUAAGUGUUUGACACCUAUUCCCUGAGAAUAGGUGCGUAUCCACUGUUUCAGCUGAGAUGAAAUGAAGCCAGAAGAUCACACUGUUCUCUUAACAUUAGGGGAUUUUGUAUUUUAAUUCCUUUAAAAUUUCUUUUUGAGCUGGGAGUAUUUAUUUUAAGAAGAAAUCCUACCCUUUUUUCAAUGAAGAGUACUAAUUAAGGGAAUUCAAUGAAAUCAUAUGUUAAUGCAACAAGCAGUUUUUGUAUUAAAGUACUGUACUUGGACCAGUGAAGCAGUCUCAGGUGUUCUUAAUGUAAUACAGAAACCACAAGUUUAUUCUGGUUUGAUUCAGUUUUGGAAAUACUGCUAAAUGUAUCACCCUGCCUAGUUAAUCACAGGAAGGAAAUUGUUAAUACGCUUGAUGAUGGGGUGGUUUUUAUUUGGUUUGGGUUUUUUUGUUUGCUUUGGGGGGGGCAGAUGGUGGAUUGGACUGGGCUUCUUGCUGGAAUGCAGUGGCAUUCCUGCAGGGGUGACUAGGAGAGGUGCUCUUCUAAUGUGCAAAUUUGGUAUAAAUCAUUAUUAGUUGUUUUGUAGAACAUCAGCAGAUUCAUACCAUUGUAAUGAGCUCAUAAAGAGAAUGUGCAAGCAUGAAGACAUACUACAUGCUAGAUAUGCUAUGGUAGCAUGUAAAUAUCAAAUACCACAAAUGCUUAUCUUCCUGCAGUAUUGUUACUAAUAGCUACCAUUUUAAGAAAAGUUGGAACUACUUUGUUUCUAUGUUCAUUCAGUGACCUUAUUUAAAGUAACAUGGUCCUGGCAAUAAAUGGUGGUUCAGUGUUCAGUUUGGUGGAUUUAACUGACAUUCUGUCUUGCAGAAUUAACGUUUUGUAUUAUUACUAAAUUGUGUACAUUUUGGUACAGAACUACUCUUUUCAGUUCCAGUAAAACAAGGAAAACA